GCGGGGCGGCCUCUGCCGCUCCCCCGCCUCGUCUCACAGCCGCCGGCCAAGGCGUCCGCCGGGCUUAAGCCGCCGCUCCCCCGGAAGAGGACCGGCCGCCCAGAUCGCCGGUCUCGGGGCUCCCUGGGCCGGGCUGAUCCCGGGGAGCCCCCUGACUGCCCCCCCCAGAACAGAGUGGGGAAGGGGAAUCUUAGCCUGCCGCCGCCUCCGAGCAGGCCGCCAGGACGCCGGCUGCCGGAGAUGGGCGCCCGGCCCUCGCGGCGGCGGCGGCUGCCCGAGGACCCGCCCUUGGCCGUGGAUGCGCUGCCCCCUGAGCUGCUCGUGCAGGUGCUGAGCCACGUGCCGCCUCGCGCGUUAGUGAUGCGCUGCCGCCCAGUGUGCCGCGCCUGGCGCGACGUGGUGGAUGGGCCCACCGUGUGGCUGCUGCAACUGGCCCGCGACCGCAGCGCCGAGGGCCGCGCACUGUACGCCGUGGCCCAGCGCUGCCUGCCCAACGGCGAGGACGAGGAGGAGUUCCCGCUCUGCGCCCUGGCGCGCUACUGCCUGCGCGCGCCCUUCGGCCGCAACCUCAUCUUCAACUCCUGCGGAGAGCAGGGCUUCAGAGGCUGGGAGGUGGAGCACGGCGGGAAUGGUUGGGCCGUGGAAAAGAACCUAACGCUGGUGCCAGGGGCUCCUUCCCAGACCUGCUUUAUAACUUCUUUCGAAUGGUGCUUCAAGAGGCAGCUUGUGGACCUGGUGAUGGAGGGAGUAUGGCAGGAGCUGCUCGACAGUGCCCAGAUUGAGAUCUGUGUGACCGACUGGUGGGGCGCGCGAGAGAACUGCGGCUGUGUCUACCGGCUCCGGGUCCGCCUACUGGACGUGUACGAAAACGAAGUGGUCAAGUUCUCGGCCUCACCCAACCCGGUCCUUCAGUGGACUGAGAGGGGCUGCCGACAGGUCUCUCAUGUCUUCACCAACUUUGGCAAGGGCAUCCGCUACGUGUCCUUUGAGCAGUAUGGGAGAGACACACGUUCCUGGGUGGGGCACUACGGUGCUCUUGUGACCCACUCCAGUGUGAGGGUCAGGAUCCGUCUGUCCUAGCAGCCAGCCUGAUCUGGCUUUCCAGGAUGCAUGUCAUCUGCCAGUCACCGCCAAUCAAGGGACGCUUUGCAGCCAGGGGACAGAGGGGUCCCAUGUGGCCUGUUACCAGCAUACUUCCCAUGAACCCCACUUGCUGCUGCCCCAGGAUGGUGGCCCUCGUGCUGUGACAAGCCAGGGAUCCAAUCAGGCUAUCCACAGCUUCCUUGGCUCCCCGUGUGGUGAGUGUCAAAAAAUAACUCAGAGACAUUUAGCUAGUUCAUUUGCCUGAACAUUUUCUCAUAUGUGGACAUUAGUUGGUAGAUGAGUCGAGAAACAAAGGCCAAACUGGGAUUUAUAACAGCAAGGGAAAGCUACCAACAGGGGGAACAGUGACUCAUGUUGACAUGUUUCUGGGAUAAGCUGAUUGCUGGCAGGGAACAGAAGUCAGUCUGGGCAGUCUGUCCCUGAGACCUACAGGGGCACUGAGGGAAAUCUUUCUGUUUUUGGGAGUGUCUGGGAUUUGGCUGUGGGGCCAUGUAACCAGCCCUCUCUGUGUAACAUGUGCCUGCACUGCCCAUCAGCACCUCCUCUUUGGGCCAGGCUGACACUGCUUCUCUCCCCAGAAUUCCCCCACCCCCACCUCCUGCCCCUGCUUCAGGGGCAGCUUACCUCCUGCCAGGAAACACCUUCUUUUCUGCACUUGAGCGCUCUUGUAUACAGACCCCUGGAGCAAGGCGUGCCAUGAGGGAAAGCUCUCCUGUCCCCUCCUCGCCAUUGCUCCCACUAUUUCCCCAGCUAGGAAUGGCCAACAAACUAGCUCAAUAAACUUGGUGCUAAAUAUGAG